AUGUUGUACGAGUUGAUUGCCAUUGUCCGUCCGGGCAGCAUCAACGAGGUGCGAGAAAUCGCCCGCAAUGCCGGCGCCCAGGUAAUCCGCUCCGGCGGCGUUGUCCGCGGCUACACGAACUGGGGCACCUUCCGCCUACCAAAGCCGACGACGCGCCACCAAGCCCGCUACACGGACGGCCACCACUUCAUCAUGCGCUUCGAUGCCUCGGGGCCCGUUCAGUCGUCUGUCCGUCGCACGCUCGGACUCGACCCGCGCAUGAUCAAUUUCUCCGUCGUGAAGCUGGGCGACAAACUGGAGGAGAUCAAGGAUGUGGAGGGCAAGGUGGAGUGGAAUAAUCAUCGCAGUAUCAUGGAUCUGAUUCCUCCUUCCUCUUAG